AGGAACUCCAGAGAAACCCUCACCCAGAACUACCGCCGACUAGGCCUCACAGCCCGCCUCAACCACGCGGCCGGCGGCUCUGAGAAAAUACAUGCAUCCACUUCUUCCGAAUUGACCUCGACUUCCGCAAAAGCUCCCGCGCCCACCCCCGACUCCCUGCGCAUGCCAGCGCCUUUGGCCAAGACCCUCACGCCCCAAGAUGCGCGUGUAGAGCGGGAUCCCAAGACAGGCGCGAUCCUGCGCGUGCUCGACGACCCCACCGCCCCGCACAGGCCGAACCCGCUCAACGACCCGCUGAACGAGCUUGAAGACUCGGACGAGGAGGAAUGGAGCGGCUUCGCGCAUGUGACAUCUUCGGUGCCGGCGACUACGAGUGUCGUGCAGCAGCUGGAGGAAGUGGCGGCGAAUGGCGUACGAAAAGCGCCACGGAAACAGAGCACAAGGGAGGAGGAGUGGGUGGAGCGGUUAGUGCAGCGGCAUGGGGACAAUUACGCAGCUAUGUUUAGGGAUAGGAAGUUGAACCCCAUGCAGCAGAGCGAGGGCGAUAUCAGAAAGAGGGUGAAGAAGUGGAGUGAAAAGCAUGCAUGA